UCCCUCACGCUCGCGCCUCAGCCCGAAUUUGGCUGCCUUGGGGCUCCGGCCGCCGGCCUCUCCGCCGCGUUUUCCUCCGCCGCUCAUUCCGGCUCCGCCCGGAGCCUUCAGGCUAGCAAUAUGACGGCCGAAGAAACGGUGAAUGUGAAAGAGGUUGAAAUCAUUAAGCUGAUUUUGGACUUCUUGAAUUCAAAGAAGCUUCACAUUAGUAUGCUGGCACUUGAGAAGGAGAGUGGAGUCAUAAACGGCCUGUUUUCUGAUGAUAUGCUUUUCCUGAGGCAGCUAAUUCUGGAUGGUCAAUGGGAUGAAGUUCUUCAGUUCAUUCAGCCUCUAGAAUGUAUGGAAAAAUUUGACAAGAAAAGAUUUCGUUAUAUUAUCUUGAAGCAGAAGUUUCUAGAAGCUUUGUGUGUUAACAAUGCAAUGUCUGCAGAAGAUGAGCCCCAGCAUCUGGAAUUCACCAUGCAAGAAGCUGUGCAGUGUCUGCACGCUCUAGAGGAGUACUGCCCCUCUAAGGAUGAUUACAGCAAGCUCUGUCUGCUGCUCACCCUGCCUCGUCUGACCAAUCAUGCUGAAUUUAAAGACUGGAAUCCCAGCACUGCACGAGUUCACUGCUUUGAAGAGGUCUGUGUCAUGGUUGCAGAGUUCAUCCCUGCUGACCGGAAGCUCAGUGAGGCUGGUUUUAAAGCAAGUAACAAUCGCUUAUUCCAGCUCGUAAUGAAGGGCCUACUGUAUGAAUGCUGCGUAGAAUUUUGUCAGAGUAAAGCAACCGGCGAAGAAAUUACAGAAAGUGAAGUACUUCUUGGCAUUGACCUCUUAUGUGGCAACGGGUGUGAUGAUUUAGAUCUCAGUUUAUUGUCUUGGCUUCAGAAUCUCCCUUCCUCAGUCUUUUCUUGUGCGUUUGAACAGAAAAUGCUUAAUAUUCAUGUUGACAAACUUCUGAAGCCUACAAAAGCUGCAUAUGCUGAUCUCUUGACUCCUCUUAUAAGCAAACUUUCUCCCUACCCAUCAUCUCCAAUGAGAAGACCUCAGUCAGCUGAUGCCUAUAUGACUCGCUCUCUCAAUCCUGCUUUGGAUGGCCUCACCUGUGGACUAACCAGUCAUGAUAAGAGGAUCGCAGACCUUGGGAACAAAACUUCCCCAAUGUCACACUCCUUUGCUAACUUUCACUACCCAGGGGUACAGAACCUCAGCAGAAGCCUCAUGCUUGAGAACACAGAAUGCCAUAGCAUCUAUGAAGAAUCUCCUGAGCGAAGUGACACACCUGUUGAGGCCCAGCAGCCUGUGAGCGGUGAGCCCAUGUGCCAGGGCUCAGGGUUAGAAAAAGAACCUGCAAGUGGAGCGCAGAAUCCAGUGCCAGCUAAACAAGAAAAAAAUGAGCUUCGAGAUUCCACCGAACAGUUUCAGGAAUAUUAUAGGCAAAGACUCCGCUACCAGCAGCACUUAGAACAGAAGGAGCAGCAGCGGCAGAUAUACCAGCAGAUGCUACUUGAAGGAGGCGUGAACCAAGAGGACGGUCCUGAUCAGCAGCAGAACCUCACCGAACAGUUCCUUAAUAGGUCUAUUCAAAAGCUUGGUGAAUUAAAUGUUGGAAUGGAUAGUCUUGGUAAUGAGGUGCCAGUGCUCAACCAACAGUGCACUGGGAGCAAAAACAAUGGAUCAAAUAGUUCUGUGACUAGCUUUAGUACGCCACCCCAAGAUUCCAGUCAGAGGCUAAUACACGAUACUUCAAAUAUUCACACAAGCACUCCUCGUAAUCCUGGAUCAACAAAUCACAUCCCUUUUCUUGAAGAAUCACCCUGUGGAAGCCAGAACUCAUCAGAACAUUCUGUCAUUAAGCCAUCUCUUGGAGAUUCUUCAGGGAAUCUGUCAAGAUCAAAAGGGGAAGAGGAUGACAAGUCAAAAAAGCAGUUUGUUUGUAUUAGCACUCUAGAAGACACACAGGCUGUUAGAGCGGUGGCUUUUCAUCCAAGUGGUAGCUUGUAUGCUGUUGGUUCAAAUUCAAAAACUCUGAGAGUAUGUGCCUACCCAGAAAAAAUUGAUCCAAGUGCACAUGACACUCCUAAGCAGCCAGUGGUACGAUUUAAAAGAAACAAACAUCAUAAAGGAUCUAUUUAUUGUGUGGCUUGGAGUCCUUGUGGACAGUUAUUAGCAACAGGAUCAAAUGACAAAUAUGUAAAAGUGCUGCCCUUCAAUGCAGAGACUUGUAACGCAACAGGACCAGAUCUGGAAUUUAGCAUGCAUGAUGGGACAAUUCGAGAUUUGGCAUUUAUGGAAGGCCCAGAAAGUGGUGGAGCUAUUUUAAUAAGUGCUGGCGCAGGAGAUUGUAACAUUUAUACCACCGAUUGUCAAAGAGGACAGGGUCUUCAUGCUCUGAGUGGACACACAGGGCAUAUUUUAGCACUGUAUACCUGGAGUGGCUGGAUGAUCGCGUCUGGUUCCCAGGACAAGACGGUGAGAUUCUGGGAUCUCCGAGUACCAAGCUGUGUUCGUGUGGUCGGCACAACAUUCCAUGGAACUGGCAGUGCAGUGGCAUCUGUAGCUGUUGAUCCCAGUGGCCGUCUGUUAGCCACAGGUCAAGAAGACUCUAGCUGCAUGCUCUAUGACAUAAGAGGAGGCAGAAUGGUACAGAGUUACCACCCUCACACCAGUGAUGUCCGCUCUGUCCGCUUCUCUCCUGGAGCUCACUACUUGCUAACAGGCUCUUACGAUAUGAAAAUAAAGGUGACAGACCUACAAGGGGACCUCACCAAGCAGCUUCCUCUCAUGGUGGUGGGGGAGCACAAGGACAAAGUGAUCCAGUGCAGGUGGCACACCCAGGACCUUUCCUUCCUGUCGUCUUCCGCAGACAGAACUGUGACCCUCUGGACUUACAGUGGCUAGCGGCCACCCCGCGCCAGUCCAUGCAGUGAAAGCACAGAGACUCGACACUACUGAAUUGUGCGGACUACAGGCCUGAAGAGCGCAGACUGCCCAGAAAGAGUUGAGCGCGAGGAAGCCCCUUGUUCCCAUGUCCUGGCAACAGAAGGCGUUGGGCGGUGUUUUCAGUCUUCCGUGUCUGUUCAUGCUGCUGUGUGCUCUCGUUGCCAAAGUCUUCAGCAGAGCUCUUACGCUGUUGGUGUGCACGCCACGUCAAGUGACAGGACGUGUUCAUGGUUUACUUAUUAAAUGCACUCCUCGGGUUUUACUCAGAUUACAGUUUUAUACAUACACUGACAUGGAAUUAAUAAUUUAAGCAAUUGUCACAUAAAAUACAACCACGUUCUCCCCAGGUGAAACAUAGGUAGGUGUUCAGAAAUUAUUUUGUUCUUGUCACAAUCCCAUAUGGUAUGACGUGUCUUCUAGAGGUCAGAAUGUGGUGAGUCUCUCACAUGUUACGUGACUGCACAUAGUGAUCAUGGAGUUCACAGAUGAAGGGAAACUGCCCCACAGCUCAUUCUGAGAUUAGCUACUUCUUUUGCUUAGCCCCAGGGUGUGGGUACUAAUGUGUCACGCAAUAUUGUUUCAGGCUGAAAGCUAACGGUUUUGCUUUGGGAACUUGUUGAUUUUAUUUUUGAAUGCACAAGAUACCUCCCUUCCGGCAGGGCAGGGCAGCAGCAGUUAUGUGGGACAAUAUUGAGUGGUAUGGUUAACUUACUGGGUAGCCUUUCCUCUUCACAAUUAAAGACUUUGCCAUGGCCCUAGCAUGGCUUGAAAAGCUAUGUCUGCAUGAUAAUUUAAAAUGGAAACUGAAACUUUGCACUCCAGAAGCUUAUUUGGAUUUUUCUUGCACAGUUUUGUGUAAUGAGGAAUAAUGACUUUAUUUGUAUAGUACUAUAGAAACUAACAUUUUAUGUAUCUUUAUUUUCAUAUUGUUCAGUAUUUUACUUUAAGUUAUUAAAUAGGCUAUUUUAUUUAUUUCAUCUGCAGUUAUAUUGACCUGUCUGUGCACUAUAUGUAGUAAGCAUUUUAAAUCUAUAGUCCACCAGUGGGAAGGGUAAUAGAAGUGUACUGUGCUUUUAUUUCAAUAAAGACCUCUUGACA